AUGUUUCAGGAAGCUGUGACCUUCAAGGACGUGGCGGUGGUCUUCACGGAGGAAGAGCUGGCUCUACUGGACAAGGCCCAGAUAAACCUGUACCAGGACGUGAUGCUGGAGAACUUCAGGAACCUUGUUUCAGUGGGAGACAGGAUUAAAAACAACAUUUCACAUCUUCAGGGAAAAGGGUUGAGUUAUCUCUCUCAAGAAGUGCUCUACUGCUGGCAGAUUUGGAAACAAAGGAUCAAUGAAUUAACUGUGAGUCAGGAGUAUGUCAUGAAUCUUCAAGGAAAUUAUCCCCAAUAUUUAGAAGGAGAUGUGUCUCUCUGUGAAGAGUGGGCAGGAGUGUCUCUUCAGAUUUCUGAAAAUGAAAACUAUGUAAUAAAUGCCAUUAAUUUAGAAAAUCAAGAUGGCACAGAAGGGAAAGGCCUGACACGAGUCUUUACCCCAGAAUCUUGGAAGGGAGCCAGCAUGAUGACUGAGCCCCAGAAUUCUCAAGGACAAUAUGAGAGAAUGCAUGUGGAAGAGAAACUGUACGGAUGUGCUCAGUGUGAUGACAGCAUCAGUCAGACAUCAUAUGAUCAUGGUGAUUCCCAAGAAUGUAAAGAAGAGGAACCUUGUAGAUACACUGACUAUGGGAAACACUUGGCUAUGACAUCAACAGCCAAACAACAUAACGUGGUCCCUGUGGUACCACAACCUGUCAAAUGUAAUAACUAUGAUGUGGGCUUCAUAGAUGGUGCAGACCCUCCUAUUCAUCACAGCGCUCACAUAGAAAAGUCUUGUAGAUGUGACCAGUGUGGAAAGGACUUUAGUCAGAGCUCAGAUCUUAUUGUUCAUUAUAAAACUCAUUCAGAUGACAAAGCUUAUGAAUAUCAAGAGUGGGCAGAGGGCUGCAAGCAGAGCCCAGACCUUCCGAGAUAUCAAAAGGUCCCCUUGGGAGACAAACCCUAUAAAUGUCUCGAAUGUGGCAAGGUCUUCAGGCGUAACUCCUCUCUUCACAACCAUCACCGGGUCCACACAGGGGAGAUGCCCUAUAGAUGUGAUGUGUGUGGGAAGGGGUUCGGAUUUAGGUCGCUUCUUUGUAUUCAUCAGGGAGUCCACACAGGGAAAAAGCCCUAUAAAUGUGAGGAGUGUGGGAAGGGCUUUGAUCAGAGCUCCAAUCUUCUUGUCCACCAGAGAGUCCACACUGGAGAGAAGCCCUACAAAUGCAGUGAGUGUGGCAAAUGCUUCAGUUCAAGCUCUGUUCUUCAAGUCCACCGGAGGCUGCACACAGGGGAGAAGCCUUACAGGUGCGGUGAGUGUGGAAAAGGCUUCAGCCAAAGCACACACCUCCACAUUCACCAGAGAGUCCACACGGGGGAGAAGCCCUAUAGAUGCAACGUGUGCGGAAAGGCUUUUGCAUACAGUUCAGUUCUUCACACUCAUCAGAGGGUUCACACGGGAGAAAAGCCUUACAAAUGUGAAGUGUGCGGUAAAGGCUUCAGUUAUAGUUCAUAUUUUCACUUACAUCAAAGAGACCACACCAGAGAGAAACCGUAUAAAUGUGAUGAGUGUGGUAAGGGCUUCAGUCGGAAUUCAGAUCUUCAUGUGCAUCUCAGAGUCCACACAGGAGAGAAGCCCUAUAAGUGUAAAGAAUGUGGGAAGGGCUUCAGUCGUAACUCAUAUCUUCUUGCUCACCAGAGAACGCAUGCAGAUGAGGUGCAAUAUACAUGUUGUGAGCAUGGCAAUGGCUUUAGUUAUAGCUCAGACCUUCUUACUCAUCAAAGACUACACAAGAGGACAGAAACGUACUCAGUGAAGGCGACGGAGUGGCCUGGGAAUUCUGGGAAGUGUAGUCCGGGAACACAGUGCCGCAGGAUAACUUCCGCUGCAGGAGGCCGAGGCUGCGUCCCUGCUCCCGUCGGGAAUUCUGGGAAGCGUAGUCCAAGAGCUCCCUGUCGGCAGAGUCGCUUCCGCUCCAGGUACGCGAGGCCGCGGCCUUCAUUACUCUGCGAAAGGAUCAGAGAAAAGGAGGAGAAAAUGAUCAAGUUCCAGGAGCCGGUGAUGUUUAAGGAUGUGGCGGUGGUCUUCAGUGAGGAGGAGCUGGGGCUGCUGGAUUCUACCCAGAGGAAGCUGUACCGAGACGUGAUGCUGGAAAACUUCAGGAACCUGGUGUCUGUGGGGAAUCAGCCCUCCAAGCCAGAGCUUAUAUUCCGGCUGGAGAGAGAAGAAAAGCUUUUGAUGAUGGAGACAGAAACCCAGAGAGAUGGAUAUUUAGGAACCAAGAGUCAACACAUUAUGGAGAGUAAUCAAGAAGUGGGAUUAGGCUACAUUUCUCCCAGUGAGCUUUCUUCCCAGCAGACCUGGCAACAGGGUGCAGGCGGGUUAACCAGGUGUCAAGAUUCCAUGAAAAAUUUUCAAGGGAAUAUUUCUCAAUUUCAGAAACAAGGUGAUUUCCCCUGCCAGCUUUGGGCAGGAGUGCCAAUUCAUAUUUCUGAAGAUGAAAACUGUAUAUUGACUCAUAUAGAGGAUGUUUCUAAUUGCCUAAAAAGUCAAGAAUUUCCAUCUUGGAGAGCCCAGCAUUCUUGGAGGAAAAUGUAUCUGACAGAGUCACAUAAUUAUCAGUGUAGAUGUCAGCAAAUUUUGAUGAAAAAUAAUUCCUGUAAGUGUGAUGGCACCAGUUCGAUAUCACAUCAUAAUGAUAAUGUGGGAAUACACAGAACAGAAAAAAACUACAGUUGCCAUGACUGUGGAGGGAACAUCAUGAAGGUUUCAUUGCUUAAUCAAGACUUAAUUCAAACAGGGCAAAAGCCCUACCCCUGUAAUGAGUACAGAAGAGCCUUCAGUGAUGACUCCAGAUCAGAAGUUUAUCAGCAGUUACACUUGGAAGGGAAGACCCAUUCCUACAGUCCAUGUAGAAAAGGCUGUAGUUAUAGUUCAGCUUUUCAUAUUCAUCAGAGUGUUCAUAGAGGAGAUGGUUGUGUUUUUGAGAGUUCACAUCUGCAAUCCCAUCAGAGAGAACAUAGAGAGGAGAAGCCAUGUAAAUGUGGAUAUGGUGAGAACUUCAGUCAGUGCUCCUCUCUUAACACUUGUGAACUUAUUCACACAGGGGAGACGUCCUAUAGAUGCAAUAUUUAUGAGAAAGACUUCAGUCAUAGCUUGGACCUUAAUAGUAUUUUUAGGGUCUGUACUGUGGAGAAACCCCAUGAAUAUGAGGAGAAUGGGAAUGUCUUUAAUCAGAGUUCUUGUCUUCAAGUCCACCAGAAAAUCCACACUGAAGAGAAACUAUAUACAGAUGUGGAAUAUGAGAAGGGUUUUAUUUGUAGCUCAAGUCUUAACAUCCAGCGUAGAGUUCACAUGGAAGAGAUUCCUUAUAAUUCUGAGGAAUGUGGUAAUGACUUCAGUCUAGCCUCACAUUUUCAGGACCUUCAGAUAGUCCACACUAGGGAACAACCAUAUAAACAUUAUGCAUGUGGUAACAGCUUCAGCCAAAAUUCUUAUCUUCAAGGUCAUCAAAAAAUUCACAUUGGAGAGAAAGCUUACAAGGACUGUGGGAAUGGCUUCAACUGGAGUUCAAAACUUAAAGAUCGGCAGAGAGUCCACAGUGGAGAGAAGCCAUACAAAUGCAAUGCAUGUGGUAAAGGCUUCAGUCAUAGGUCAGUUCUUAAUGUUCAUCAGAGAGUCCACACAGGAGAGAAACCUUAUAAAUGUGAGGAGUGUGACAAGGGAUUCAGUCGGAGUUCAUACCUUCAAGCCCAUCAGAGAGUCCACACUGGAGAAAAACCAUACAAAUGUGAAGAGUGUGGGAAGGGCUUCAGUCGCAAUUCAUACCUUCAAGGACAUCAGAGAGUUCAUACUGGAGAGAAACCAUACAAGUGUGAGGAGUGUGGGAAGGGCUUCAGUCGGAGUUCACACCUUCAAGGCCAUCAGAGAGUCCACACUGGCGAAAAACCAUUCAAAUGUGAGGAGUGUGGGAAAGGCUUCAGCUGGAGCUUUAAUCUCCAAAUUCAUCAGAGAGUUCACACAGGAGAGAAACCCUAUAAAUGUGAAGAAUGUGGUAAGGGCUUCAGUAAGGCCUCAACUCUUCUGGCCCAUCAGAGAGUCCACACAGGAGAGAAGCCAUACCAAUGUGAUGAGUGUGGUAAGAGCUUCAGUCAGAGAUCAUACCUUCAAAGCCAUCAGAGUGUCCACACUGGAGAGAGACCAUAUAUAUGUGAGGUAUGUGGGAAGGGCUUCAGUCAGAGAGCAUAUCUUCAAGGUCAUCAGAGAGUCCACACUAGAGUGAAACCAUACAAAUGUGAGAUGUGUGGGAAGGGCUUUAGUCAGAGUUCACGCCUUGAAGCACAUCGGAGGGUCCACACUGGAGGGAAACCAUACAAAUGUGAGGUAUGCACAAAGGGCUUCAGUGAGAGUUCACGCCUUCAAGCACAUCAGAGGGUCCACACAGAAGGGAGGCCCUAUAAAUGUGAACAGUGUGGUAAGGGUUUCAGUGGGUUUUCAAGUCUUCAAGCUCAUCACAGAGUCCACACUGGGGAAAAACCAUACAAAUGUGAGGUGUGUGGGAAGGGCUUCAGUCAGAGAUCAAACCUUCAGGCUCAUCAGAGAGUCCACACAGGAGAGAAACCAUACAAAUGUGAUGCAUGUGGUAAGGGUUUCCGUUGGAGCUCAGGUCUACUUAUUCAUCAGAGAGUCCAUAGUGGUGAUAAAUUCUAUAAAAGUGAGGAGUAUGGUAAGGAUUAUCCUUUAUCAGAGAAUCCAUACGGAAAUGAGGUUCUAUAAAACAGUUCUAUUUGUUUUGAAGUCCUCAAAUAGGAACUGAAAUUUUCCAUUCACUAGAGUUAUUAUAGUAGAAAAAAUUUCUUUAAUGAAAAUGUAAUGUUUCUGCCCAACCUCAACAUGCAUAAUAGACCACACAGCAGAGACAUCUAACAAGAGAGUUUCCAUAAGGGAUUUUGUCACAACUUUUAACAGGCAUUGCACAUGACUUUAACUAUCAUUGUACUAGGGCUUAUAAAAGAUAAGAGUAACAAAAGUACAAUAUGUGUGUGCCUAAAUCCAUGACCAGUCUAAUGUAAGCUUAGUGAGGGAAGGGGCUUCAUUCAUUGCUGAGUUUACAAAACCAUGACAUUGCAUAACUCAGUGUAGGUGCUCAGUACUUUUUGCUUAAUGACUAAAAAUGUAUAAAAGUAUCAUAUUUAAAAAAUUUGUUAAGCUCAUUACCCCCUCCAAAAAAAAAAACAUUUAAAAAUGUAUUUGGAGGAGGAAUCCUGCAAGUAACCUUAAUAUAAGCACUUCAAGU